AUGGAAGCGGACCUGUCGUCAAGAGCAGCUUCCCCUGCCCCAGCGAGUGUCUUUGACGACAUUGCAGAGGAGCCGGAAGAAGAACUGACAGAAAACACAGCAGCGGCGUCUGGAGAUGGAUACAACCUUGCGUCGCCCAUAAACGAGGAAGACGCCUACAAUCUGAAGCCACCGCCGGCUAGCAAGGCGUACGAUCCUGAUCAACCAGAUAUAGAGGAGCUGGCUGUACGUUUCUUCUCGUCCGAUCAUCUCGACUUUAUCCUGCGCGAUUAUGGCCUUGCGCUACGUUUCGUUCGCUUCCUGCAGACCUAUCGCCCGCAGCACGCCGACAUGCUCAAGCGAUAUGUCGAAGCCAAGAAAGCAAUCGGCGCAAUAGAGUACGCCAACUCCGUCGCAAACCAUUUCGCGUCGGGCUACCCGCCCAUGGUCGCAGCAAGCGUGGACCAGAGAUUUGAAGAGUAUGCUAAGAGUAUGGCUGAAGCCUUGACAGAUGAGGCUCUACCAGCUUAUCUCACGUAUCGCCUGACGGCUACUGUGACGGAUACGCUUGUGAAAGAAAUUACUGGAAACAGCUCGCCCAUCAUGCAUGAAUUGAUUCCAAGCCUAGCAGAAGUCUAUUGUCUUACAGACCCGUCGAAGAAAGACAAUCCCAUCGUGUAUGCCUCAGAAGAGUUCUACAACAUCACGCAAUACACGCCUGAAUUCACAAUCGGUCGCAAUUGUCGAUUUCUCCAAGGGCCGAACUCGUCUACAUCUGCUGUUCGACGCUUGAUAUCAGCACUGUCAAGAGGAGAAGAAUGCUGCGAGACAAUUCUCAACUACAAACGAGAUGGUACACCGUUUAUGAAUCUCCUGAUGCUCGCACCCUUAUAUGACAACAAAGGCGAGGUCAGAUACUUUCUGGGAGCGCAAAUUGAUGUCUCUUCGCUCAUAGAUCGUGGUCGCGGUCUGGAGUCAUUCGCUCAGCUACUCGCACAGGAUCGACAAGGCAACAGAGCGGCUGGGUACGGAGUGUCCAGUGAGUCUGGCCGAGAUCCGAAAGUGGUACUCGGAGACUUAGGUCAAUUGCUCUCGGAGGAGGAAGCAGCAAUCAUCACAAAUCGUACCUCGAAUCGCAGCACGCUAGUUCCAAGCUCCAUGAGCUCGAUGCACUCUUCUACCUUGAAAUCCUCUCGUGCACGACCGAAAAGCUCACGAGUCGUAUUAGGUAUGGACACUGCCCCUCGCGAUCUUUGGCCUUCAGCAAAUCUCGGCUCCAACGGUCGUCUUCCUGGGGUCUACCAAAACUACCUCCUUGUCCGACCCUACCCAUCCUUAAGGAUUACAUUCACAAGCCCAUCACUCCGCAUUCCUGGUCUCCUCCAGACGAAACUGCUCGAUCGCAUCGGCGGUCCCUCUACAAUCCGCGAAGGCCUUGAAGAAGCCCUCUCCCGUGGCACAGGCGUCACAGCAAAAGUGACGUGGCUCACCUCGCCCAAUCAACCCAAUGCAAAGCUACCCCGCGGUCCGGCGAGAUGGCUGCAUUGCACUCCCCUCCUUGGCUCAGACGAUCGAGUUGGCGUUUGGAUGAUUGUCAUUGUUGAGGAUGAGAAUAUCACUGGUAGCCUAAGGAGAAAUCGAAGUCAGACGAGUUUGAGAGACAGCGAGCGAGGUGCACAGCAAUACACAAGUUCAAAGCUUUAUGCAGAUUACUUGAAAAGAGAAGGGAGAUCUGAGAGUGUAAAAGGGAAGGAGAAGGAGCGGCCUAAUACUCGGAAAUCGAUGAGCACAGGAGGACAGGUGGAUGACAUGUUCCGGGAUUUUUGA